CAACCCACCACCACCACACCACCGCGCGCCGCCACCACAGGAGCACCAGCUUCCUGAUCAGAUCGAUCACAACCACCCGAAAAGGCUUCCACCGUACCACCACCACCGGCCGGCUAGAAACACCGCCGCUCGCGCUCACCCCAGAAAUGGAGCACGCCGCCGCCAACGGCUCGUGCUGCAACGGCAACGGCGCGGCGGCGCCGGCGUCUCCGCCGCCGCCGCACGUGGCGAUGCUGGUGACCCCAGGGAUGGGCCACCUGAUCCCGCUGGCGGAGCUGGCCAAGCGCCUGGCGUCGCGGCACGGGGCGACGGCGACGCUCAUCACCUUCGCGUCGACGGCGUCGGCGACGCAGCGCGCGUUCCUCUCCUCGCUCCCGCCCGCCGUGUCCUCCCUCUCGCUCCCGCCCGUCGACCUCUCCGACCUGCCCCGCGGCGCCGCCAUCGAGACGCUCAUGUCGGAGGAGUGCGCGCGCAGCGUCCCGGCGCUCACCGACAUCCUCCUCGGCCUGAAGCGGACGACCGGCCGCCUCGCCGCGUUCGUCGCCGACCUCUUCGGCGCCGACUCGUUCGACGCGGCGCGCGACGCCGGCGUGGACCGGAGGUACCUCUUCAUCCCGAGCAACCUCCACGUGCUCACGCUCAUCCUCCACCUCCCGGAGCUCGACGCCUCCGUCCCCGGCGAGUUCCGGGACCUCGCCGAGCCGCUGCGCCUCCCCGGGUGCGUGCCCAUCCCGGGGCCCGACGUCCUCAUGCCGCUGCAGGACAAGACCAACCCCUGCUACAAGUGGAUGGUCCACCACGGCAGCAAGUACCGCGAGGCCGACGCCAUCCUCGUCAACUCCUUCGACGCCGUCGAGCCGGGCCCGGCCAAGAUCCUCCGCCAGCCGGCCCCCUGGCGCCCCGUGGUGUACCCGAUCGGCCCGCUCAUCCAGGCCGACACCGGCGGCAGCAAGAACGACGCGGCGUGCCUGGAGUGGCUCGACCGGCAGCCGGACAGGUCGGUGAUCUUCGUGUCCUUCGGCUCCGGCGGCGCGCUUCCCACGGAGCAGAUGCGGGAGCUCGCGCUCGGGCUGGAGCUCAGCGGGCAGCGCUUCCUGUGGGUUGUGCGGAGCCCCAGCGACGAGGGCGCCGUCAACGACAACUACUACGACGCCGAGAGCAAGAAGGACCCCUUCGCGUACCUCCCCGAAGGCUUCGUGGAGCGGACGAAGGAAGUGGGCCUCGUGGUGCCCUCGUGGGCCCCGCAGAUAAAGGUGCUGGCCCACCGCGCCACGGGCGGGUUCCUGACGCACUGCGGGUGGAACUCGGUGCUGGAGAGCCUCGUCCACGGCGUGCCCAUGGUGGCGUGGCCGCUCUACGCCGAGCAGAGGCAGAACGCGGUGAUGCUCUCGGCGGAGGGGGUCGGCGCCGCGAUCCGCGUCCCCGAGUCCAAGGGGAGGGAGAAGAUCGCGGCGGCAGUGCGGGAGCUGAUGGAGGGGGAAGGGAGCGGCGCCGCGGUGCGGGCCAAGGUGGCGGAGCUCCAGAAGGCCGCGGCGGAGGGGCUCCAGGAAGGCGGCGCCGCCGCCGCCGCACUCGCCGAGGUGGUGGAGAAGUGGACAGGUGGAGAGAACUAGAUGAUGCCAAGCUGAAGGCUGAGAGUACACCUAGCUGCAAUGCAAUCCUAGCUAGCCGCCACCCUCCACCAUCCUAUGGCCCCAUGUCCCAAUGAUGGUUUGUCCUCUUGUAUUCUAUAAACUUUUGAUUGUAACUUACAACUUGUAACUAUUAUCCUACUCCAUUAGUAGGUAGCAAGGUACAGAGAGCUUAAUUGCGUGCUAAGAUGCUAUUCUAUUUCGCAACUUUGCAAAGUUAAAUUCAUGAUUAGAAUUUUUUUA